AACACAUCGCUUUGUGACUUUGCUGUUGACCUGUGUGGGCCCAUUUUGACUAUUCGUUGUUGUGUUGUGUGUCGUGUUUUGUUAAGUGUGAAUUAAACGAACGGUGAAAAUGGCCACAGAAGUCGAAAAUAACGUACCGCCGUCCGAACCCAAAGAAAUCAAAGAAGAAACGGCGGCAGAAAGCAAAGCGGAGGAGGCGGCCGGUAAACAAGAAAAUGCCGGCGACGCGCCUGUUGUCAAAGAAAAAACACCCGCUCCUCCGAAACCUACUGUACACAAGGCCAAUUUUGAUAAAGAUAUCGUUUAUUUGUACCAAUUUUCACGCACCCCCUUGCUGCCAUCGUUGUCGCCCUAUUGUUUGAAAGUGGAAACCUGGUUGAGACUGGCUGGCGUCAAAUAUGAGAAUGUCGAUCACAAGAUGAAGUACCGCUCGAAGAAGGGCCAGCUGCCCUUCGUCGAGGUCAACGGCGAGGAGAUCGCCGACAGCGCCAUCAUCAUCAGGGAGCUGGCGCAGAAGUUCAAUCACGACCUCGACGCUUGGCUGACGCCCGAACAGCGCAACGUCGCUCACGCCACCAUACUCAUGAUCGAGAACCAUCUGGCGUGGGUGGUGAUGUGGUGGCGCACCAAGUACCCGGACCAGGUGCUCAAAGGGUACAAGGUCAAUUUGCAGCACGCGCUCGGCACCAGGAUACCGAACGGCAUCUUGAAUUUCUUCUUCAAGUUCGCCUUCGGAAGGAAGUGGUUCCAGGGUACGAAGAAGGUCAAAGCCCAAGGGAUGGGUGUGCAUUCGGCAGAGGAGAUCAACGACUUCGGCCAGCAGGAUCUCAAAGUGCUCUCCGACAUGUUGGCUGACAAGCCGUUCUUCUUCGGCGACGAACCAACAAACCUGGACAUCGUGGUGUUCGCCCACCUCGCCCAAAUCUACUUCAUCGACAAGGAGGUCAGCUACCCUUUGAGGGACUUUAUGACCGAGUCCUGUCCGAACCUCGUCGGUCUUGUCAAUCGCACGAAGGAGCGUUGCUUUGCCGACUGGGACGACAUCUGCGCGACCUUGGACCUCAACUCGCAUCUACCCAAGCCUGCGCCGGAGGAGGGAAAAGAGGACAAGGAGGCGGGGAAGGACGAGAAGGAGAGCGGGGAUAAGGAGAAGGAGCCCGAAGACAAGGAUUUGGAGAAGGAGAAGGCUGACGAGAAGGAGAAGGACAAAAUCACAGAAGAAAAUAAAGAAAAGGAGAGCAAAUAAAAGUGUUCUCUUCAUCUCCACUGAUUAUAUACAUUGGUGUUUUCCAUCUUUCAGUUUUCUUUCAUUAAUUUUUAUUUUAUAACUUCAUCUAUAAACUAUGUGCAACAAUCUAGUUUGUAAGUUUCCCCUCUGUUCUUCUAUGGAAAUAUAUUUGAAAUACUCGUAAUUGACAAAACUAUUAUAGCUUUUUUUAUGAGAUAUAGAGGACACUUUUAUUCAUCAUAAAUAUAUUCAUUAUUGAUAGAUAAGGUUAUUGUUUGUAUAAAUAAUUUAAGAUUUUUUUUAUUGUAAGCAAUUGUAGUUCGUAUCAUAGACUUUGGUGGGCAAAGACUAAUUUUGCCAUCAAUUCCAUCAGCAUUGGUGAAUCUCGUCUUUCAGCCUCUCAUUGGUCAUUCAUGUUAGUGCAGUAUCAGUGUAUGAAAAUAAUGUGUACCACAUAAGAAAAAAAAUGUAUUCAUCGUGUUCAUUCCAUUUAACAUUGCGUCACUAAAUUUUUCAUCUAGUUUCUUAAUGGAAUUCAUUAUAGAUUUUUGUAUUUUUUUAUGGAAUUAUUAAUUUUAAGAUUAAACGCUGAAUUUUUCGGACCACUUCAAUAACUACAUGUGAAAUUUUCAUAUUUGUGGAGCUCAAUAGAUAGACGUCUUUGAAAUUUUAGUUAUUUUAUCAGUUAGAUUUUACUGCAACUGUGUUGUAUGACCUAUUACAAUUUGAUUAAAUUGGUAUUUUAA